UCCCUUUGUCUGCUUUGCGGCAUUCAUCAAAUUCAGACAAAAUGAAACCCAGAUUCAAAUGAAAUGAACGGCUGGGCCCCACCUCCCCCCGUUACGACAUGAUUUCGUUAUAUAUACAGCCAUCGCAGUUGAGUUUCGUGUACAUGCUCAAUUAUUACUUACGUAUCCAAAAAUUUUUACGUUUAAUUAACAAUUUUCUUUCUUUUUAAUUUUUUUAAAUUUUUUUCCGCCCGCCGGUACGCCAAAUUGCCGGCAGCCAGAGCUCAAUUACAUCAUAGAAAAACAGAAUUACUAGGAAAUCAAUGGCAAAGGGUGGUCGGAAAUUGACCACCAGCCGCAGCGAGCGCUAUUUAGGAAGUUUCAGUGGGGAGGCGGCGGCGGCGGCGAGCUCUGCGUCGGAGCUGAGAGAAGAAGACGUCUGGUCAGUAACCGACGGCGCCGCCAAUGGAGAGUGGGGCUCACGCGCUUCCGCCGCCGGCAAUGGGAGCUUCCGCCACGGGCAAGUCGGCGGCCUGUCGUUGGCGUUCGACGAGCCCGGGGGCGGCGCGGCUUCGCGGAGGGUCAUCCGCCAGUUCCGGAUGCAGGAUGACGUGGCGGGGUUGCCACGUGGCAUGGCCACGUCGGCGCCGGUCAACGUGCCAGACUGGUCAAAGAUUUACCGGGUCGACUCGGUCGAGUCGUCGCAUGACUCGGACGACGGGUUGGACGAUCCCGAGAUGGUUCCGCCGCACGUGUACCUGGCGCGCGAGCACUCGCGGAGUCGGCACUCAGUGUUUGAGGGGGUCGGCCGGACGCUCAAGGGCCGGGAUUUGAGCCGGGUCCGGGAUGCGGUGUGGAGCCAGACCGGUUUCGAUGGCUAAUUAUGUGCCAUGUAUGUAGUAAUUAUUAGUACUAUCUCUUUGUGUAUUUUUUUUUCUUCUCUUUAGACAAAUUUGGAUAUUUGUGAAUGGGUGAUGACUCUUGACUCAGCCAAGGAAGGAAGUUGGCGGCCGUUGGCCUAAUUACAACCGAAGAUUGGUUUAUUUCCAUCUUUUGCUCAAGUGUAUUUAGUGAUGUGGUCAUUUUGCCUCAAUCAUUAAGAUGUAAAGAAUUAAGUUGGUAAUUGUAUUUGUAUAGAUGAUUAAUGUAGCUUAAGAUUCAUUAA